AUGGCGGGCACGAGGGCGCGCGGCCGCCUCCUGCACUCGCUGCUGGGCCAGCUGUGCCGCGGGUGUGGCUGCAGCCCCUGCCGCGGGCUCCGCGUGUCCACGGGCACCCGCGUCCUCUACACCCUCCUGCACGUCCUGGCCUCCGCCGUGUGCUGCCUCAUGCUGUCCCGCACCGUGGCACAGGCCGUGAGGGAGAAGGUGCCCUUCUCGGCCGUGCUGUGCCAGCACCUGCCUGGCGGCACAGACUGCGAGCGGCUCGUGGGCUCCUCGGCCGUGUACCGGGUCUGCUUCGGCACCGCCUGCUUCCACCUGCUGCAGGCCGCCCUGCUCCUCAACGUGCGCUCCAGCACAGACUGCCGCGCUCAGCUCCACAACAGGUUCUGGUUCCUGAAGCUGCUGGUGCUGGUGGGGCUCUGUGCCGCCAGCUUCUUCAUCCCUGAGGACGGCUUCAUUCGAGCCUGGCACUACACGGGCGUCUGCGGGGGCUUUGCCUUCAUCCUCAUCCAGCUGGUGCUGAUCACCGCCUUCGCGCACACCUGGAACAAGAACUGGCUGACAGGCGCUGCGCAGGACAAGCGCUGGUACCUGGCCGUGCUGCUGGCCACCGCCGCCUUCUACACCCUUGCCUCUGCCGCCUUCUCCUUCCUCUACAAGUACUACACCCACCCGGCUGCCUGCCAGCUCAACAAGGCGCUGCUCACCGUCAACGGCAGCCUCUGCGGCAUCGUGUCCUUCAUUUCCAUCACGCCCUGCGUGCGGCUCAAGCAGCCGCGGUCAGGGCUGCUGCAGUCCUCCAUCAUCAGCUGCUACGUGAUGUACCUUACCUUCUCUGCGCUGUCCAGCCGCCCUCCGGAGAGAGUGCUCUACAAGGGGCAGAACCUCACCGUCUGCUUCCCCGGCACCCGGCAGGAUGAGCUGCAGACGGAGGACACAACCGUUGCUGUCCUGGGGGCUGCCAUCAUGUACACCUGCGUGCUCUUCGCAUGUAAUGAAGCCUCCUAUCUUGCCGAGGUCUUUGGGCCCCUCUGGAUGGUCAAAGUUUACAGCUUCGAGUUUAAAAAACCUUCCUGUUGCUUCUGCUGCCCAGAGAAGAUGGAGGAGGAGCUGAGAGGUGAGUGCCGGCAGACGUGUGAGCAAGAGGAGCCUGCCAGGGGACAGUGCCUCGUCCAGGAUGAGCGAGACCGGGUGGUCUACAGCUACUCAGCCUUCCACUUUGUCUUCUUCCUUGCCUCACUCUACGUCAUGAUGACCCUCACCAACUGGUUCAGCUAUGAGAACGCGGUGCUGGAGACCACCUUCACGCAUGGCAGCUGGUCGACGUUCUGGGUGAAGGCGGCUUCAUGCUGGGCCUGUGUCCUGCUCUACCUGUGGCUGCUGCUGAGCCCCCUCUGCCUCCACGGCUCCCCCCAGCACCGGCGGAGCAGCCCAGCCUUGCGUGUCCUGCGGCGGCGACGCGCCCCACACCGUAUCAGUGUGUCCACGUAG